AUGCCGUCCCCGCUCGCACUCCACGGCCCCACGCCGGUGCUGGGCCCGCGGAUCCCUAGCUCACCGCGAGCCCGAUGCGUCGCGGUGCCGCCGGCUCGCGCAGCGCGGCGGACUGUGGCGCGCGCGGCGCCGGGGGACGGCGGGUCCGUGCCCAAGGUUGUUGCCCUGGGAGAGGCCCUGUUCGACUGCCUGGCCGACCAGAUCGGUCUGCCGAAGGAGCAGGUCACGUCCUGGACGCCGUACCCUGGCGGAGCGCCCCUCAACGUCGCAACUGCCUGCGCCCAACUCGGCAUCCCCACCGCGUUCGUCAGCGCGAUCGGGAAGGACGAGCUGGGCGACAAGCUCGUCGCGCUGAUGGAGAAGAAGGGCGUCGACAUGUCCGGCCUGACGCGGAUCGACAAGCCCACGCGUGACGUCCUCGUGGAGAGGAAGGAGGGCGGAGACCGCGUGUUCGCAGGAUUCGGCUCCCCGACGGAGACGUACGCGGACUGCUUCGUCGGGCCGGAGAUGAUCCCCGUCGCGCUCGUGGCGGGCGCGGAGGUGAUGGUGAUGGGCACGCUAGGGCUAGCGCAACCCGAGACGGCGCGGGGGAUGAAGUUCGCGGCGGAGGAGGCGCAGAAGGCCGGCACCGCGGUGCUGGUGGACGUGAACUGGCGCCCGGUGUUCUGGGCGGACCCUGCGGCCGCGCUGGGCCCGAUCAAGGAGCUGUUGUCCUGCGCGAGCAUGAUCAAGUUGACGGACGAGGAGGCGGAGUGGCUCGUGGGGAUGCCCGCGGCGGAGGCGAUCAAGGACCCCGCCACGCUGGAGAGCAAGGUCAAGGCGGUCGCGCCCAACUGCAGGGGCAUUCUCGUGACCGGCGGCGAGGCGGGCGCGGCGUACUCGUUCGGCGGCGUCAGCGGGAUCCAGCCAGUGCUCGACAUUAGCGUGAAGGACACGACCGGCGCUGGCGACGCGUUCACCGCGGGGUUCGUCUUCUGCCUCACGCAGGCCGGGGGCCUGGACAAGCUGCUCGAGGACCCGAAGCUGCUCGGGCGGGCCGUGGCCUUUGCGAGCGCGUGCGGCGCGCUGACGUGCAGUGCGCCCGGGGCGAUCGACGCACAGCCGUCGAGCGACGCCGUGCUGAAGCUCAUGCGCGAACAGACGGGCUACGAGUGA